AUGCCUAUCGACUUCUACUAUGUUCCCGGCAGCGCACCAUGCAGAAACGUUCUUCUGACUGCCAAAGCUGUUGGAGUGAAACUCAACCUCAAGUACACCGAUUUAUUGAAAGGGGAGCAUUUGACCCGGGAAUUCAUCAAGAUCAAUCCUCAACAUACUAUACCUACCUUAGACGACAAUGGCUUUGUCUUAUGGGAAAGCAGAGCCAUCAUGACCUACUUGCAACAACAGUAUGGCAAAAAUGACAGCCUAUACCCGAAGGAUCCCAAACGAAGGGCUUUAGUCGACCAACGAUUGUAUUUCGACAAUGGAACUUUGUACGCAAGUUUGGCCGAUUAUUAUUAUCCUGUUAUCUUCCGAAACGAGUCAUAUGACCCGGCCAAACUCGAAAAAGUUCACGACGCCUUCAAAUACUUUGACCUCUUCAUCGGAGACAACGACUACUCCACCGGCAAUACCCUCACUCUGGCAGAUCUGUCAUUGGUCUCCACCGUCUCUACCUUCGAACUGUUGAAGUACGACUUUUCUCCCUACAAGAACGUCUGCAGAUGGUUCGCCAAGGUCAAGGCAACGGCUCCUGGCUACGAAGAAGCUAACGGGAAACCUUUGCUGGCUUUCCAAGACAUGAUUGACACGCUCAAAAAGCCACCGACUACGGUGAAAAGCGCCCUCUAG